GGCCAUGCAAUAACAUUGCAAAAUUGUUCUGAGGGGAAAAUGGAGGAGAUCUGUGAGGUUGCUAAAGCUUAUUACGCAAACUCGACAAAGCAGCAACAGGAGGAAGCCCGGGAUGCUUUCCAAAAGAUGAAUUUGGAAAACAAUAAGACGAUAAGCCUAACUGAUUUCUUGGAUAUCUGCCUGCCAGACAGUUUUCCCAAAAGUGUUGCUUGUUCUUUGUUCAAGGAGCUAGACGUAAAUCGUGAUGGCAGCCUGGAUUUCGACGAGUUUAUCACCUUGUUCUAUCUGCAUCAAAGCAAGAGGCUACUGUAUUGUCAUGGCUGCGAAAAGUUUCUUACUGGACUGUAUUUCACUUGCGUCAAAUGCUUUGAUUCCACCAGUAAUAGCUAUGACCUCUGCUCCAUCUGUUACCGGAAGAAAAACUUUCAACACCAUAAAGAUGCAGUCUUCUUGGACAACUACGCUUUACUCCGUCGGAACAUCAAACGUUCAUCGGAAACGGAAGUAGACCCAGUUCAGGAAAAGUACGAGAAUAAAAUGAAACAAGAUGUUGAUGAAUCUGGCCAAGUCAAAAAGGAUGAAAAUGAAAGUCAAUAUGUCUCUAAAUUAUCGGAUCAUCAGGAAAUCAAUAUUGCAACCGAAGCAAAUUUAGAAGUCUUUAAUUACCAGGAAAAAGAAGUCGCAAAUGCAUCUGACCAGGAAAAAGCUGGAAAUCAAAAAGCUGCAAACAUACAUCGUUACCGGAAAAGCGAGCGAAUCGGCAAGGCAUUUGCAAAACUAGGAGCAAACAUCACAACAAAAGUAACAGGCAAAAUCUCAUCGGCUGCUGACAGUACCGAUUGCAAUGUCAUGUGAUGGUUAUCACGUAAAAGAGAUCUGGCAAUUGCUUUAAAGUUAGAAGUUGAUUAUGAGUGAAAUGUUAUUCUGUGUUCAGUAUUGAUCGUUUGUAACAUUAAUGUGUGCAUGCAUGCGAAUAAAUUGACUAUAUACCUUAUUGUAUCAUAGCACGCAUUAGUCUAGACGUUAGAUAUUGAAUCAUAUUAUGCCUUCAUUGUCUAUAAAUAAACAGCAUCUUGCAUUUUAUAGAUAACCCUAUUAAUGGAGUAGU